UGUAUUACUGUCUUUUAUUACUAAUGCUUUCAAAAUAUUUGUUAUAUUGCAGACAAACUACAAUUUGGAGCACAUGGACGAGGACAAGUUCGCGUAUGUCAAUCGGCUCUUCUCCGAACGCUACAAGCAGCGGAAGAGUGACCUACACCAAUGGUUCCAGGAGUUUGAUGAUCCACAGGUCGCUCUUGAGGAGGGAUGUCCGAAGGAGUUGGAGGACCGACAAGAUAGUUGGGUUUGGCUUUGCGGUCAUUUUAAGGACCCGACAUAUGUGAAGAAGGCGAAGGCAAACAAGAUCAAUCGAGAGAAUAAGACUCUUCUCCACCAUUCGGGUUCGAGGCCUUUCUCCUAUAGGAUGGAGGCGCGACGGAAGGAGGGUUUAAAAUUUCCGGAGAUCGACGUCUUUGCUGACUUUUAUGUUCGGCCUGGGAAUGAGUUAACCCAGUCCCUUCAUACAACUAUGGUGGAAAAGUGACAGGUGGUGCUUCAGGAGUCCGCCUCCCACCUUCCUUCGGACAUGCCAAUAGAGUCUGUGGAUCCCCCUGAGGAUGCAGGAUUUCACAUCGUCACUGAGACGUUGGACUAGACUUUCGGUCGGAGGCCAGGGACAUAUUGUCGGGGGAUGGGAAAUGCCAGGCGUCGGGAGACUGGAGCCUCGUCAUCCUCGCAGUCAAAGACCAAGGUUACGGCUUUGACGCAGGAAGUUGCUGGGCUGAGGAGUGAGCUGGCAUCGUACAAGUCUCAAAUGUCAAUGCUUGUGUAAGCCCUCAGUUCCUCUGGAAUACAUCACCCCGGUUCUUCUACACCAUCGCCCUCACAACCCUUCCACACCGAGCAAGCACAGCAAUCAGGCUCAUCGACCUCCGACCUCGUCCCCAACUAGCAGCAAUAUUACCAAGCACCUCCAAAUGACAUGCCUAUAGAUUUUGCCUCUUUAUUUUCGUAGUUUUGUUCCCUUUUUUUUUUAACUUUACAUUUGUACGUACAUUUUAUG